AUGAUCAACGCGGUACUCGUCUUCAAUAAUAAUGGGCAGCCGCGACUGAGCAAGUUCUACACCCAGAUCGAUACGCAAACAAAGCAAUCGCUUAUACAACAGAUCUAUGAUCUGGUCGCUCAGCGCCCACCAAGCGCUUGCAACUUCCUGCCUCUGCCUCCGUUGCUUUCUCGGGGUGCUAGCUCCGGCGCAGAGGGCCCAUCCGAUGCCCCGACACAAGUGACCUACCGGACAUAUGCCACUCUUUCUUUCAUUAUGAUCUCAACAUCUACCGAGUCCCCACUCGCACUUAUUGAUCUGAUUCAAGUCUUUGUCGAGGCACUGGACCGUAUAUUCGAGAAUGUAUGCGAGCUGGAUCUCAUUUUCGGUCAUGAAACGAUGCAUGCGGUGCUGAGUGAGAUGAUUGUCGGUGGUGUUGUCGUCGAAACGAAUAUCGAUAAGAUUGUUUCUGGUGUGCGGAGUCAAGAGGGCUCUCUAGGGAAGAAGAAGGCUAUCCAAGCGGCAAGUUCUAGCGUAGGGCGCGGUGGAUUCCCUGGUAUAGGUGCUUGGCGGUGA